AUGCACGGGUUUCUUGUCCUUGUGUUUGCUCUACUUCAAAGGACAACAGCCCAACAGACUUCCGGAGACGGCAGUUCCCAAGCACUGGGCCACAUCGUGGUCCUCAAAGAAGGGUUGAACGACGGGCAUCUUAACGAACAUCUUGAUUGGGUUAAAUCCAUCCACAAGCGCAGCCUGGAUACCAGUAAUGACAACGAGAACCAAGAAAAUGGUGUAAAACACACCUAUCACGGGGGCGCUUAUGGAUUCCACGGCUACGCGGGCAGUUUCUCACGUGACGUGCUCAAGAGCAUCAAAGAACACAAGCAUGUUGAUUUUGUAGAGGAGGAUCAAGUUAUCAUUCUCGAGCCCACCAGACGGGAUGAAAAUACGGACGGCGACAUGUUGCCUGAAGGCGGUACCAGAAAGAAAAACAAGGGUCAUAGCCUCUUGUCUAAGGGACAAGGGUAUAACUCGUUUCUGGAGAAAGGACUGAUCCUUGACGCUGUCAUUCUGCACGAGGGGGAGAAGAGGAGGGAUAUACCCGCGAGAUCUGCAGAAGAGUUGGUGAGCCAAACUACUAUGAACUUCAAUUUCACGGAACCUAGCGCAGACUUUGCCGGCGUAGAUGUAGAAUCAUAUUUCUACCCACCUGACCUAGAUGCAAUUAUGGAAGACAUCCUCGCCGACUUGGAAAAUGAUGAACAAGACGUGUCUGCAUCAAAAGUACUAUUCACCCGGGCUGCCGACCGACCGGACUGCACCGGGGCUUUGAAGUUCUCGUCCGAGCUUGCCGAGGACUACAAUUCCUAUUUGAAGGCUCUCGAUAUUAGUGUCGCUGCAACUGUAUCCGGCUGGGGCCAAAGCGCAUCUGUCUCAGGUAGUUACCUAAAUCAGGCAGAGUUCUCCAGCAAUGCCUUGACAUAUGUAGCCAAAAUCGAUAUUCGGAGGCAGCUGGAUUCGCCUGCCGGAUUUCAGUUCAAUAUGAACAAGUACACCACAACAACAUUUGCCCGCAAUUUUGGUGACCGAUGGAUCCGCGGUUUCCAUACGGGCGGCAAGAUGAUUGCCAGGUUGACGUUUAGAUCGAAAGGAACCGUUAGCAAGGUGGAUCUGAAAGCUCACAUCGAAGCUUCGUUAAAGUUCUGGGGGGUCACAGCAGAUAUCAGCGCAUCCGUGAAGAAGAGCCAAGAAGAAGUGAGCAAGCAUGCCAACGUGGAAAUAUCGCUGUUUUACCAAGGGGAUUUAGGUAGAGUUAUGGGCCAAUCAGGGUCACCUGAUAAAAUUACGGCGACUUCUGCGGAUGGGGCGUUUCAUCAAGUUAAAUCAUGGGCUGACCAGUUUAUGGAUAAUGCCUGCCGACACGAUUACGAGUACCAGCCCCUUCUCGAAGAAUACAGGAAUGCCGAGGGCUUCCCUGAGCAUCAAAAGAUCCUCGACUACCGCACGGCUCACAGAGUUUCUUCUAUGGUUUUGAAGCAGCUCGUCCGAAUCUCCGAAAUGAAACAGUAUCUACUAAAUCUCACAACCAUUGAUGACGAGAUCAAGAUGAAUGUCGAGUUCGACGAAAUCGACAUGGUGAAACAAAGCCAGGAUUGGGUUGACUCUGUCGCCGAGAACCCGGAGAAUUCUCAAAGUACAGGAAGGGAUCUCAUCAAAACGCUUAGGGAUGAUUUCUUCAAAAAGUACGCUCCGUAUAUCUCCAACUCGUUUACAAAUGAAUCCCCCAGGGCCGACUCCUAUGCAAACGGUAACCGUUACAUAUCUGGAGUGAAGGUGGAACGCGGUGCUACAGGGCCGGCGAAUAGUCUCGGGAAUAUUAAUUAUGGCUUUACGGGAGGGUCCGUUUGGCUUGUUCCGACCUAUACUUCGAAUCCCAAGAAAGCUUGCACCACUAUUACUGUGGAACAAACUAGAAUCGACUAUGCCGAUGCAGUCAAAUUUUUAAGCAAAGACGGGAAAUAUACGGCUCGGUAUUUUAGGUGCGUGACUUCAUCGGAAAGGAAAAUCCGACGAUUGGCCUUGAGUCGAGGAAGUGGAAUUAUCAACUACGACAAAGCUCAUGGCUUUGUGGACGCAACAUCUAAUAUAAACGAGGGCUUUGACAUGUCCCCACUAUAUCUCAUGUGGUCAUUUGAUGAAACAGAUCCAGCGCCAGAAGAUGAUUUCCCUGAGCCUCAAAAUUAG